CCAAAGAAUAAGGAAAACGCGAUUCGACCGAAAAACCUGAAGAAACACAGAUCUUCACGAAAUCUUUCUCUUGUGCCCGACUUCUACGAAUUCAAAUGACGAGCUUCAAGAAUCGAAGCCUCCUUUCCUUUGUCGUCACGCACAUUCUCGAGUUUGCAGCUUAAAGCUCCUAAAUUGACGCCAUAGCCAGUAUCUCUGAGCUAACUAGGAUGGAAUAUACUAAAAUACUUUAGCUUUUUCCUUGUGGGUUGCUUCUUGUUUUUUACCAAGGAUAAUGUAGUUUUUUGAAGACUAAGGAGAGAGAAAGAAACUGGGAUUUGGGUUGAUUGAGAAUGAGUGUUUCUUUGACUGUAAUGACCUUCAAUCUCCAUGAAGAUCAACCAGAAGGAAGCCCGAAUUCAUGGGAGAAGAGGAGGGAUUUGUGCAUCAGUGUCAUAACUAGUUACUCCCCUAUGAUUCUUUGUACUCAACGAGGGGUAAAAUCACAACUGGAUUAUCUUCAGCAGGGAUUGCCAGGUUAUGACCAAUUUGGAAUAUCAAGAAAAGGAGCUCAAGACACUUCAGAUGAACAUUGCUCAAUCUUCUAUGACAAGGAGAAGGUAGAGCUGCUAGAAGGUGGAACUUUUUGGUUGUCUGAGUCACCUUCAGUACCUGGGAGCAAAUCAUGGGGUUCUGUAGUUCCUUGUAUUGCCACAUGGGUGAUAUCCUUCUUUUUUAAACUUUACAAUUUUCAUCUCCUUUCUUGUUGAAUUCGAUGUUGUCAUUGUUAUGGAAGAGCGCUGUUGUGUGUUUGUUUUCUUGACAUGAUGCCCACACAUUCCAACUCAAAGGAGUCGAGCCACCUGGUUUUUCAUUUCAAGUAGUGAAUACUAAUAUGGAUGAAUUCAGUCCCCGUGCCCGUAGAAGAAGUGCUUUACUUACAUGGCAACACAUUGCAUCCUUGCCUCCUAGUUUGCCUGUUGUCUAUUGUGGGGGAUUCAAUACACAGAAAGAAUCAACUACAGGGCGUUUUCUUCUUGGAAGAUCAAGGUACUCUUUGUAACAUAGAUCUUCAGCCCCUUUGCUACAUGGCCAACCUUUUGCUUUGGUACAUAGAUCCUCAGCUCCCUCAUAACAUGGACAAACUUUUAUCAACUUUCAAAAGUAUAACCCCUUGUUUCAUCUGUUCCUUAAGAUUUGUUAAAACAUAUUAACCAUGGUAAGAGCUCAGUAGAUGAUACAAGUUUGAAACCUCUUUUAUAGGCAGUUGUGCAGUUGUGCUACUCUAAAUUGAUUAGCUAAACCUAUAAGAUUUGAUAUUAAAACUUGUGGAAAUGAAUAAAGCAAAUUAUUCAUGUUACUGUUACAUACAAGAAUAAUCUAGUUCAAGCCUUGUUUUAUAUAAAAUGUGGAAUAUCAAUCCAAGUUGGGUGACAAUGACAUAUGAGGAAGUAUUGGAUGCCUUUUAGCUGAUAACGAUAUUGAUAUUGAGGUGAUACGUGGUAUUGUUAUGGAAGUCAUGCAUCUGAGUGUGUCUUUUUACUGGAGAAUAAGUUCCUCUAAAAUAUGUAACAAAGUCACCUCUCUUCUUCUAUAAAGUUGUAAGCAUUUUACUUCCUCAGAAAAUAAUAAGUUGGUUAGGUU